CGGGGAGGGAUCUGAGAGUGUGAGUUCAGCCCAGCCAUAGAGACUGCAGGAAGCUGGGUAAGUAGGUAAUUGUUGCACUAUGUAACAAUUAGAUGUAUCAUGGCACCCAGCCUGGCAUGGACUGCCCCUCCUGGCUGGGGAGAGAGGGGGAUGGGAGGAGGAUAAAGUAUUAGCUCCUAGAGUUGAAAGGGGUACAGAAAGGGGGGUAGUGGAGUAAGAGGGGUGUGAGAGGUAAGAGCAGGGCAGAGCUGGAGGGAGGGGUGAGAAGGGGUUAAUACAGGUAGGUGGGCAGACAGGUAGUAUGUGAGAGCAGAGUGCCAGGUUUAACCCUUUGAGUGCCAGGGCUGAAUGAUUACAUUUUAAUUUUUUUUUUAAUUUUGUUCCUCUUGAUUAUAGUCAUAAAGUACACAUGUAUGUAUAUAUGUAAUAAAUGCAUUUUUUUUAUAUAUGCAUCACAAUGCAUUUUGGAAAUUAUCCCUAAGAUAAGAUAGAUAUAUUCUGGGAAAAUCUCCGAAAUGCAUUGUGAGUAACAGUGAUCAGUAAGUAUGGGACGUGUGCCAUACAUUUUAUUUUGUUUUUGUGGUGUUAAAUGUAUUUAUUUAUAUUUUUCAUGCUGAUAGGAGUAUCAAACAGCCUGGUAAAUAAAGGAUGCUGUGAGACUGGAACAGCAGGACCAGCGGACAACUUGGUACAUUGUGGAUUCGGCUGUGAAGAAAAUUGAGGUUUGUCACCUGAAAUAUCAGUUAUAUAAAUUUUAUGUGCAUUGUAUGAAAAGCGCUUCCACGUAUUGUGUAGAACCGAAAAGUUGCAGGUAGGAAAUUGAGUGAUUAAUCAAUCUGCAAUCUUGCACUACACAAUUUUUACAUACUACGAUGUAGCACUUUUCAUUCACUGUCCAUUAACAAAAACAUAAUGUGUACAGGAAAACAUGAGGGAUAGGGCUACCUUAUGAGAUUAAUCAUUAAACUCUGAAUUGUAGAAAAGUAAAAUCCAAAUGGAAAACUUGGGAUAAAAUACCCAAAAAUUCCCAGUAUUUGCAAGUUUUUUUCAAAAUCAGCUAAGUUUGUAUAGAUUUUGCCAUAUUGAUUUUAAUUUGCUACAAUUCAGAGUUUUUAGAUCAAGAUUAAUGUUAAAUCUCAUACUUUUUUUUUUACUUUUUGGUUAUUUUCCUUCUAGAUUUGGCCUAUUUUUGUGAGGCACAGAUUGGGAGCCAUUUGAGGCCCUGUGUAAGAGUUUUAGUGCUGAGCAAAAUGGAUUCUAAGGGGUGUAUCCACUAAAUGGAGACGUGACAACAACACCAAGUCAAAUAGGAAAAAUCAUCUAGCUUUGCUCUUAGGCCAAAAAUGUGCAAUUCUCUAAAAUUAACACUUUACAGGGUUAUUCAUGCAAUUUGUGUGUAAAUUGUCAGGAAUUCAAAGUGAAUUUCAGUUUCUUGUCCAAAAGUCUGAAAAUGUAGCUGAUUAGGGAAAUUUUCCAAAUUUUGGCCUAAAAUUUUAAAUUCACCAUGAUUGCCUGAUAAUUCACACUUUAGUCAUGGAGUAGCCCUGAUAGUAAAUGACCUGUCUGUUUUAACCCCUCCCUUACCCCUUUAGUACAGUCCCAUCCCAACCAACUCUGAGGAGAACCUGCCCUGGUACUUAUAGUCGGUAAUAAAAUCAUUUGCUGGAGUAUUGGCCAUUUUACCAUUAUCACAUGUCUGUUGGGCUGCCCAACAGUAAGUAUUGGUAUUCUGAUAAACAGAAACAAAGUGAUUUAACUCCUAAAUGACAGUGAAUUGAGCAGUGAAAUUGCAAGGGAAUGAUCUAUACACUAAAACUGCUUUAUUUAGCUAAAGUAAUUUAGGUGACUAUAGUGUUCCUUUAAUAUAAUCCGGCUAGCUGCAGGCCAUGGUUUAAGGAAAUGCUCAUUUUACCUAAGGAAUGUAAAUUGUUGUUAUUAUUGUGAAAUAUUUAUUCUAUUUGUCUUUGGAAAAUAUAUUUGGACUAAUAAUUAUAAAGUAAAAAAAUGGAAAGAGAUUGGGUGGUUUAUUCACUAAAAAGUCAAAUGUGGUAAAUUGUCAGUCAAAUCGCCCAAUUUAUGCCAACCUGGAAAAAUGUGAAUUUUGAGAAUUUCUCAAAUUUUUGGGCUUAGUUUCAUAAUGCUGUGUGAGUUAGCCAGGUUCUCAGUGAAUACACCCCAAUGGAAAGGGAAUGCAUGUAGCUGCAGGGAUGGGCUGUUGGUAAUUGAACGCCUGAAGGUCAAGGGAGGAGAGUUUAUCAAUUUGCUGUAAAAUCUGGAGACAGCCUGCUAAUGGCAUUGCUAAAGGUUCCCUUGAAGGGAGACUCCAGGCACCAACACAACUUUUAUGCAUUUUAUUGCUUUUGCCCUAAAUAAUUUUCUGCAUUCUAUUGUAUAUUAAAGGGACACUAUAGUCACCAGAACAAUUACAGCUUAAUGUAGUUGUUCUGUUGAGUAUAAUAGUUCCCUUCAGGCUUUUUUUCAUGCAAACACUGCCUUUUCAGAGAAAAGGCAGUGUUUACAUUGCCUAUAGGGACACCUCCAACUGGCCACUCCUUAGAUGGCCACUGGAGGUGCUUCCUGGGUCAGUGCUGCCAAAAAAGCAGCCCUGACGUUCAGCGUCCCUGCGCUGUGCAUGGAGACGCUGAAUUUUCCUUAUAUAGAUGCACUGAUUCAAUGCAUCUCUAUGAGGAGGUCCUGAUUGGCCAAAACUGCAUUUGCCCCACCCCAUACCGAUUUUUAGCCAAUCCAAUGCUUUCCCUAUGGGGUGAUGUCACAAAGGGGGCGUAGCCAGCACUGGCGGACCCGUGCAGUGCUGGAAAUAAGGAGAGUUUUAAACUUGUAUACGGGGGCUAAGGGGGGGGGCAAGCCACCUAAAUGGUGGGUUAAACACUAUAGGGUCAGGAAUACAUGUUUGUGUUCCUGACCCUAUAGUGUCCCUUUAACCCCUUAAGGACCAAACUUCUGGAAUAAAAGGGAAUCAUGACAUGUCACACAUGUCAUGUGUCCUUAAGGGGUUAAAUAAAAUAAAGGAACACUGUAAGUAACAUCUGCCUGUAGUAGUUAUGUUGCCUCGAAUGUCCAGUUUAAUGUCAGUUUAACUAUUUAGAAAUGUUUUGAGCCCUUUGGGUCGCCCCCUCCCUAGACACACUUAGACUGCAGGAUUAUCUUUUGCCAGUUUUAACCAUCCUAGAUGGUGAUGAUUUGCUGAGUAAUAAAAAUUAGUCAGUGGUUUUAGUCAAUCUAUGUAUAUAUAUAUUCCUAAAAGCAUUAACUAUACCGUGCAUUACAAAAAAAUGUCUCAAUCCCAGCAUGGAGUGCUCCUUCAAACCAUUAACUGCACCAAAUAAAUCCAUGCGCAGAGUGACGCAUGUUAAGGUUAAGAUCCAUUGUUUUUAUGGACACACAACAGUUGUUUUUUUUUUUAAAUUUUUUAUUUUAAAUGUGUAGUUUUGUCAAGGAAACACAAACAAUAGGUAAGACAAUAUAAAUGGAAAAAGUACACUCAAGCACAGGACUCCGCUCCUUGGUUACAAUAACAAUGAAAAGCCAGGGACAGCAGCGUUUCAUGCGUAACUGUCAGGUUUAUGAUCACGCUCAUUUGUAUAGGUGCAAUCAGGCUAUGUCUGAGGUCGAUGCCCCACAAUCCCACCCCGCACACAAAGCGGCUAGUAGCUAUCCAAUCUACCAUGAAUAAUAGCAAGUCCAGCCCUGCUAUUGGGGCAACCAGGCUAUCCACCCAUAAUGCUAUCCGCUAGAGCAGAAGUUGUAAGCAAAGUUAAUGCGGUUUUAGCAUACUGCCAUCUCGCCUAGAACCCUGGUGUGCAAGAGCGAGUGGUGAAACUGAAAAUAAUAGAAAAAGAGGCAGAGAGCAGCCAACCCCACCGCACGCCCACAACCCAUCCCGCCCCCCCAGAACCCUCCACAUCAGUAACCUCCGCUCCCCUAAUCUAAAGAUGCUGCACUGCUCUUUCACCCCAUCUCCCGUCGGGACAUAAACGCAUCUUAUGGAUACCACUGUCCAGAGUAAUGGAGGCCAACUUCUCUCUUGGGCACAUUCUCUUUAAUAUUUUUUAUUAGUGAUAUUGCAGAAGGUCUUGAUGGUAUGGUAUGUCUUUUUGCUGAUGAUACUAAGAUAUGUAACAGGGUUGAUGUUCCAGGAGGGAUAAGCCAAAUGACAAAUGAUUUAGGUAAACUAGAAAAAUGGUCAGAAUUGUGGCAACUGACAUUUAAUGUGGAUAAGUGCAAGAUAAUGCAUCUUGGACGUAAAAACCCAAGGGCAGAGUACAGAAUAUUUGAUAGAGUCCUAACCUCAACAUAUGAGGAAAGGGAUUUAGGGGUGAUUAUUUCUGAUGACUUAAAGGUAGGCAGACAAUGUAAUAGAGCAGCAGGAAAUGCUAGCAGAAUGCUUGGGUGUAUAGGGAGAGGUAUUAGCAGUAGAAAGAGGGAAGUGCUCAUGCCAUUGUACAGAACACUGGUGAGACCUCACUUGGAGUAUUGAAUGCAUCUUAAAUUAGAGGGGCAAAGGUUUAAAAAUAAUAUCAGGAAGUGUUACUUUACUGAGAGGGUAGUGGAUGCAUGGAAUAGCCUUCCAGCUGAAGUGGUAGAGGUUAACACAGUAAAGGAGUUUAAGCAUGCGUGGGAUAGGCAUAAGGCUAUCCUAACUAUAAGAUAAGGCCAGGGAUUAAUGAAAGUAUUUAGAAAAUUGGGCAGACUAGAUGGACCGAAUGGUUCUUAUCUGCCGUCAUAUUCUGUUUCUAUCAAACCCUGAAUGAGAAAGGUGCGCUUGUGUGUAAUUUCCAAAUGCCAGUUUCUGUCUGCAAUGCGUCCUCCAUGAUGUUUAAAUUAAAGAGGGGGAAGGUGGGACGACAAUAAUUUGGAGUUGAGAAUGGCAAAAAGAAGUGAAAUAUUGUACCAGACCCUUUUUCAAAUACUCACUUUAUGGGGGAAUCCAUUUAAUAGAAUUUGCAUAAUUAUUUUGUAUUUGUGACUGUUUACAUUGAAAUGCUAUCAGUUAAAGAAUUUAAUACCCAAGUUGUGACUAUAGAAGAGAUGGAGAAUUUUACCAUAUCAGCUGUUUGUUUGUUUUUUUUUCUAAAUUUUGCAAUUCCAUUUUUAAUUAACUGCGGUUUGGUAUUUAGGAAAUAAACCCAGUUUGUCUGCAGCUCUGCCUUAAACAGUAGCAAUUUUACGGUUCUGCUUCCUGUUGCAAGCAGUGUUAACAGUUACUGUUUGUAUUGCAAAAGUUGAGCGAAAUUGGUGUUUCAUGACUGAGUGUUUUUUAAGUAGUCCCCAACCAUCAUGUGUUGCUCAAUAAACUACAAGUAGCAGAGCAGCAGGAGUGAGUCAGCGGUAGUUACCCUGUGUGGGAUUAGCAGUAAGGUGCUCAGGACUCUCUCUCUACUUUAUAGAAAUUAUCUGAGUGACAAUUAAAGGAGUGAUGGAGAAAAGAAGCACAGGGACCCAACCGGCCCCCGGUCCGUCCUCUACUAGAGUCAUUACUGUGGUGUUCUUGGCUCUGCUCAUAGACCUUCUGGGCUUCACACUGAUCCUGCCGCUCUUUCCCACCAUAUUGGAUCACUACAGCAAGUCAGAUGUAAGUAUGGACAUUACUGUGCCAAGUUGUACGUGUCUUGAUUGUGCUCAGAAAUUGUUAAUGUUAUCCGUGAGCAGCAAGGAGCAACCUGUGUGCUGGUCAACCAAGGGUUAAAUGUCAGAGCCUGCAAAGAGGCAAGCCAUCCUUACUGAGAUAGAAUGUCAAGUAUCGUAGUAAGAGACGGGAUUCUAUUUGUUGCCCCUUCUAUCGCGCUCAGAGGGUCUGUGGCUGAAAGCAUAAUGGGAAUGGUAGUCUGCAACAGCUGCAGUGCCAGCUGACAAUAGUUGUAUUUUUGUACAUACAAGAGUGCCAAAAAUGAAUUAAAAUUGUCAUGUGUUUCCAUGGAAACUUAGCGUUUGUAUCUAGCAGUUGUGCCUGACAGCCCCUUGGCUUGUCCAUAACAAAAAAUGGCUAUAAGUGGCAGCCAGGGAUUGCGGUAUUCCCAUUAAUGAUUAGUUAUUUAAUGUAAGAUAAAGUCCUUCUGCUUUUUGAUCAAUCAGGCACAUUAGCCUUCAAUGUGUGCCUGUUGGAUUACGAUCCUCGUUAUUCUGAGCCAGCUGAGGACAAUUAAAAUGGUUGUUCAGUGCCAUCUCCAUGGGCUGACAUGUUCUGGCUUGGUAGAAAGCUGUAGGUGAUAAAAUUGAAAUAAUAAUUGUGUUUUCUGUACAAUUUAGGAUAAUCUUUACCAGAAGUUACAGAACGCUGUGGACUGGUUCGCGUCAUCUGUUGGGGUUCCCCAAGAAAGAAAAUACAACAGUGUCUUGUUUGGAGGUAUGUUGGAUGAUAACAAGAAUAGACUAUUAUUCUUUUUAAAUCUCUGUAAUUUGCCUGUUAAUCUGUCAUUCCUUUCCUAACUAAUGGCUACACAGACUAUGUUGGUGCUCUGUAAAGAUCUCACAGAGCCCUAGGCAGGUUACCAGUUUGUCCCCCUCCCCCUUCAUUUGUCAUUGGGAUGGUUAAUGAGGCAAAGCAAAUUCAUGUUUCCGGGCCCAUGCCUAAUCCCUGGGCCCUAGGCGGCUGCUUAGGGUCAGUUUAUGGUUUAUCCUGCUCUGUUUGUAAAUAAUAAUCUCUUUGCACACUGUUUGACGCUUGCAGUGUUCAUUGCAGAAUGCACAAUUUGUAUCCAAUAUUGCUAAGAUUGAUUGAUCCAAGAAGCCGUAUCAUUGGUGGAUGGAGCUACAUAAGUGAUAAGCACAGUGACGUUCUUACUGCUGUAUAGAAAUUCGGAAUUCUCGAGAAAUACAUUUUUAUAUUAAUUAAUUUGUGAAUUAUCUGAGAUUGAAAGUGGAAGCACAGCUGGCUUGUUUCCAGUCCACCUUUUGUUAUGUAUUAUUAUUAUUAUUAUUAUUGCCAUUUAUAUAGCGCCAACAGAUUCUGUAGCGCUUUACAAUAUUAUGAGAGGAGGGAUUUAACUAUAAAUAGGACAAUUUCAAAUAAACUUACAGGAACAAUAGUGUACAAUGUGAAGUUCACUAUAAAUUUCUGAUCUGUAUACGCUGGUGAAUAACCACGGGCACUCUUUGGGUAUGCCUACAUUGUCGCAGACUUGUACUGUUCUCAGUCUGACUAACUGCAUCAUGGGAGUUGUAGUACAAGGGAGGCCCGGUGCCAGGUAUUUUUUGUAUUUUUAUUCUCUGUGUAUUGUUUUCAUUUUAUUGUGUUUGCUUAAGGAUCAGAGCUGGGCAAACCCUUUGUUAAUAUAAAUGAUCUGACAUGUCAUCUGUCCCGAAGGGGUUAAGGAGGAGGAAGAAGGAAAUAGCAUGUGAUUUCACAUAAUUAAGGAUCGUUUACAUAAGAACAAGUAAUGUGACAAUCUGUGAAACACAUUGCUGUAGCUUCUGCUCCUUUGCAUAUUAGUUUCCUUGUGUUAGUAAGUUAGCUCUUUUUUUAGAAUAUGUAAAGAAAAAACAAUAUGCACAACCAGUUCACAAUAUACAUAAAGAUAUAUUGUGAGUUUAGUCCAAAGCAUUAUAAGAGGGGUCUAAUCGCUGAACACUGACAUGACUGUCACUAAAGUAAGAAUUAUUGUCAAUCCCAAGUUAAAACUGCUUUGGAUUCCUAUGCAGUCACAAUAAUUCUCACAUUAGUGAAUAACUAAGUUGUGAUGAGUUGCGAACCAACGUACAAAGUCUAUCCUGCGAUAACUGGCUUGGGAAGAAAAACACAAUUUGGCACAACUAUUAUAAAUUAUUAUUAUUUUUUUUUUCUCUAAUUCUUCUAUUUUAACCCUGUCAUAACUACAUCUGCUUACUGUUUAGUGAAUACAUCCCAGAGAGUAAGCAUCCACAAAAAGACAUGUACCUCACUUAUCCAGCAUUCUGAAAGAGAAGAAAAUUAGAGUAAACGUCUUUAUUUUUCUUGUGAAAAUUGCAUUAGUGUGUGUGUGCCCAGCUAUGAAUAGUAUCCUGCCACUUAAUCAUAAACAAAGCAAAUCAAUGUCACACUUUGGACAUGUGACAAACAGCGAGCCCAUCUGGAGGAUGGAUCCUAACUAUAUAACUCAAUAGAAAUUAUCUGAAAGAACUGAAUUUCAGUAAUCGUCCCGGCAAUGUUAAAGGCAAUAACAUUAUAAAUAUGAGCAACAUUUGUUAUAUUUCUCUGACUUAAAGGUACAAUCUAAGCACCGAAGCAACUUUAGCUUAAUAAAGCCAUUUUGGUGUAUAGAUCAUACCCCUGCAGUCUCACUGCUUAAUUGUCUUCCAUUUAGGAGGUAAAUCACUUUUUUGUAUUUCCAGCCCUUGCCACACCUCUCUGCAUGUGGCCUACACACUUCCCAUACAAUUUCUAAACUUCCUUUACUACACAUUGUGUAGAUUUUCUAAACACCUACUCGUUUUAAUUUUUUUUGCAGUAGCCUCAUCUGUGACUAAAGUUCAGUUAACAGAGAAGGAGAUAAAAACUUUGAAAGUAAACACACUGUGCUGUAAUCUCUAAAUAAAAAUUAAACCAUUGUUUUUCAUGAAGCUCUGUGAGCCACGGUCUGGGGAGGUAUAGCUAGGGCUGCAUAAACAAAAUGAUUAAACUCCAAAAAAAGGAAAGAAUAGAGCAGUGAGACUGUAGGGGCAUGAACUGUACAUCAAAGCUACCGCUGGGGUCUGUACUUUUUACGUCCUCAGUCUUGUCUCUAGUGGUCCCUCAGUUGCAUUUCUCUUAUUCGAUGCUUCUGAAUAGUGACAUGUGCUCUGUUCUUGAUUAUCACUACUGAAUGUCUGGCUCUGUACUUCUGUCAAUACCUUGUUAUGAACGCUAUACAAAGACUGUAAAUGAUCGCAUCCACUGUUAUUUUUCAGGUCUUAUUGGCUCCCUCUUCUCCCUCCUGCAGUUUAUCUGCUCGCCACUGACAGGUGCUGUGUCUGAUUACAUGGGAAGAAGGAAAGCUCUGCUCAUAACCGCGGUACGUUUUUAUCUUUUCCUUUAAUUUUAUGAAUUCUAUUUAUUAGUAUACGUUUUGUAUGAAUGAAGCAUAUUUGCAUUGAAAUAUCAUAGCACUGAUUCCCAAUAUAGAUUUUCUGUUUCCCACCUGUAUAAACACAUACCUGUACGAGGUGCAGGUGACAUUAUCAGAAAGGGCAUAAAUCAUUUUGUCGGGUUUUUUUGUAUAACCAUAUAUUUAUUUUUAUCCUCCAACGAUUUUUCACCAUCCAGUGCACACAUAACGUGGAAAGACUCACAUCUAAGAUUAAUACCACAAGCCAAACUGCUCACGACACCUGACAAAACCCCCUGACUCUGUACAUUGGCAUGGUUAGACAUUGCGCAGAUCUGUGGUCAGUAUUCUUAUCUGUGGACAAGAAACCUUUUACUCUGCUACAGUUAGGGCCUUUGCAAUGUUAUUGUGCACUUACCUAUAUGUUUAGUAUUCUCUCCACAUCCAUUUAACUACACCCAAUCAUGGUAGUACACAAACCUGCACUUACCCUGGCACCAGCCGAAACCACUUCAACUAUACGACUUGUUACAAAUCCUGCACAGAUUAAGUGCAGCCUGCGGUUCUAAUCUUGUUUUUCCUGAGAUUAGUGGGAGUUACACUUUUAAACAGCACCUGUCUUUAUUUUUAUAACUGUAGCUGAAAUAGCAGUCUCUGAGGACUGUAACUCCCAUUAAUCUCAGGCAUCGCUGAAAGCUAUCUUAGGGAGGGAAAUUUUUCCCCUAGGUUAUAUAAAUCUAAAUUUGCCACGGCCGGGUCAGGCAGUGUUCUGUUACGUACUCAUGGCGGAAGUGAAACUUUGGUUACAGAUUUAGAAAUCUUUUUCAAGAAUGUAAUAAAGUCAGUUAUCUCAGGAAUGCAGGGAGGAACAGAGGGAAACGUAUUGCUGAUUUCUUCACCCGUUACACCAUUGUGGGAAAAGGAAAUCAUGAUGGUUUCUGCAUUAAACUUUCACAGUCUUUAAUCUACCUGAACCCUGUGUCGACUGUAUCCCCUAUCCACGUAUAUUGGUACAUUUUCUGUUACCCUUCUAGUGGAAAAAGUGGCAGAUUGCAAGGUGUUUAAAGUUAGUCAGCUGGAUGUGAAUAAGGCUUGAAAUACAUUUUCUGCCUUUUAUUAAUAUACUAAUACUUUCCUAAAGGUCUUGCAUUCACUUGUGCUUUUUCUUGAAUAACCAUGUCAGAUUUUGUUCUUUAUUUUUUUUGCAUCUUUGUAAACACAUUGCUCCCUAGGAACACCUCCAGUGGCUACUCCUCAGAUGGCCACUGGAGGUGCUUCCUGUGACAUUGGUGCACAGUGUGCUGCACUGACAUUCUCUGCAUGGAGACGCUGAACUUUCCACAUAGAGAUACAUUGAUUCAUUGCAUCUCUACGAGGAAGUGCUGAUUGGCCAAGCCGAUGUUAGGCCCUGACCCCGUCCCGCCUCCUUGCCGAUUUCAACCAAUCCAAAGCUUUCCCUAUGGGAAAGAAUUGGAUUGGCCGAAAUCAUUUAAUUCUGAUGUCAGCAAGGGGCUAGGGUGGGGCCAGCGCCGGCGACACGGGCAGCACUGGAAAUAAGGUAAGCUUUAUUAUGUUAAGGGGGGGGGAGGGGGCAAGCCACCUAAAUGGUGGAUUUAACGCUAUAGGGUCAGGAAUAUGUGUUUGUGUUCCUGACCCUAUAGUGUUCCUUUAACCUGCACCCAUUUAAGUUCCCUGUCAAUUAUUGUUAUAAGCUCUGUCCUUCGCUCCUGUCAAUCAGCAUAGAACGAGCACCGAAAGAGGAGCAGAAACAAAGCAUGUUUGAUUCUCCCCCUCAUUUGCAAUGUGUGCCCUGACUGUGCCUGGCCUGAUCUGGUUUUUGGUGUCGUUUGCUACAUUUUAAAUUUACGAUGUAAAAAAAGAAAACCUAGCUUCCCAUGGGGGGAAAAUGGUCAACCCAAGUUACCAGUGAUGUUCAAUGUUUUAUUUGAUUGUGUAAUUUCCAGAGAAGUGACUGUUUCCUAUAUAAUAUCAUGUCUAGAUAUCCCUUGUAUAUUGAACAAAUAUGUGUUUGUGAAGUUGGGAAAUAAAAUGAAUGUAGACAUCCACACCGCUGUACUUGCCUUUUAUCCUGAAAUGGCGUACCUCCAUCUUGGCUAACUACUGUCAGUCUUUGUUAUUCUGUCUUUCUCUGUUGUGUGUUUUUUGUUUUGUUUUAACCUGUCAGUCAGCAUAGAAACCUCCAACAAAUACAUGCCUGCAGGAAGAGAUAAUGGGCAGUAAUUUCCACAGAAGUGACAGGUCCACAGUUUACCAAUUUGUACCAAAACUCUGCAGAAUAUUUGUUUACUAUUACAUUUAAUAUUGAGAAUCCCAUAUCCAUGUGUAGAAAUUGUGACGUCAUGAAUCCACAUAUUUCUACCUGUUUUACAGGUGGGGCUGAUUGCAUCCUACGCGUUAUGGGCAAUCUCAAGAAGUUUUGGGGUCUUCCUUUUGUCUCGUGUGGUUGGAGGACUAAGCAAAGGAAAUGUCAGCCUGUGUACUGCCAUUAUUGCUGAUCUUCCCUCCUUGCACAGCCGUAGCAAAGGAAUGGUAAGUUGCACAAUCAGUUAUAGGAAGAUGCCAUAUGGGGGAAGUGAGAGGAAAUAGCACAAUGUACCAGUUGGUUCAGUAAAAAUGCAAACUCAGCCAUAUCUUAUGAUGUAAUGUAAUUUAACCACCUCGUUGUAUGUGUGUGUACAGUGCUAUGGAAGGAGUGCUUGGGGACAUGGGUGUUCUUUUAGAAUUUCCAAGCAGUUUCCAAUGUAUCGUAGUGACACUGCCCACAAAUAAAUGUGCUACUGCAGAGGUACGUGUGGUUUUGUUUUUUGUUUUUUAUACUCUUCUCUGCUGUAGUCCUCACCCUAGUAAAUACCCGUAUAUACUCGAGUAUAAGUCGACCCUAAUAUAAGCCGAGGCCCCUAAUUUUACCCCCAAAAACUGGAAAAACUUAUUGACUCGAGUAUAAGCCUAGGGUGGGAAAUGCAGCAGCUACCGGUAAAUUUCUAAAUAAAAUUAGAUCCCAAUAAAAUUAUAUUAAUUGAAUAUUUAUUUACAGUGUGUGUAUAUAAUGAAGGCAGCAUGUGUGUGUGUGUAUUUGUGUAGUGUGUAUAUAAUGAAUACAGUGUGUGUUUGUGUUGUGUGUGUAUAUAAUGAAUGCAGAGUGUGUGUAUAUAAUGAGGUGUGUGUGUGUGUGUGUGUGUGUGUAUAUAUGAUGCAGAGUGUGUGUAUAUGAUGCAGAGUGUAUGUGUGUGUAUGUUUGUGCAGUGUGUGUAAACUGGGUGGGGGGAGGGCAUUUUUAUUUUAAUAUUGUUAAUAUUUUAUUAUAUAUAAUAAUUAUUAUUUUUUUAAUAUAUUUUUUUUGUCCCCCCCUCCCUGCUUGACACCUGGCCAGGGAGGGGGGCUAUAUUAUUCCCUGGUGGUCCAGUGGCAUGGGCUGUGCAGGAGGGAGGCUGGGCAUCCUAAGAGUGAGAGUCCACAGAAACUAGAAUAUGGAGGUGUGCUACUGAACUAGUAUUCCACACAGCAUGACCUCUUUAAAUACAGCCAGAAUAGCUCGGACAACUAUUGCCGAUUGCUGAGUUAAUCUGCUAUAAAUAAUAUUACUAAACUAAUUAAUACUACUAGUUGUAUUUAGUUUGAGUGAAGAUAAAACACACUGUGAGCUGGAAGUGGCAGGAGGGGGGCUGGGAGCAAGCUGUUACAUACCUUUGCAGCUGCUCCUUUCAGCUCCCUUCUCCUACAUUCUGGUCAGGUCACUGUGUAAAUCUCGCUGUCUGCGUGCCGCACGGAGCGUUGCCAUGGUAACCCGUGGCAACGCUCUGACUGCCGCGGGUCUCGCAAGAUUUACACAGUGAGCUGACUGGAACGGAGGAAAAGGGAGCUGAAAGGAGCGACUGCAAAUGUAUGUAACAGCUUGCUCCCGGUCCCCAACAGGACUGCCGGGCUUGUAUUGAGCCCGGCGGUCCUGGUCUGUAUUAUGGCAAUGUAAGUUGCCAUAAUACAGACAGUGACUAGAGUAUAAGCCGAGGGGGACUUUUUAAGCACAAAAAAUGUGCCGAAAAACUCUGCUUAUACUCGAGUAUAUACGGUACUUCAAUACGAUUAAACAAGAAGAAGAAAUGAGGAACUGUCAACAUCAGAGAAGUUACAAGACCUACAAAAAAGGACCCCAGCACAUGAAACAGACUUUGGCUCCGCAACCAUUCCAUGCAAAAUCCAAAAAGGAAAUAUUUUUAGCACACAUCAAUAGAUAAACAGGACUCUACAUUUAUUGAGGCCCUUUCAGUAAGCUGGCCAUUUCGACCUAACAAUAGGUCUUUUUCAAGAAAACUCAGGGAAAUACAAUUUCCCUGGAUUCAUUAUAUUAUGCAAACUUAUUCCUUACAUGUCAAAAAUAACUAAUUGUACACCUCGUACGUCCACACCUACAUCUUAGCUCCUUGUCAAUCAUUGUUAUAAGCUCGGUCCUUUGUAACGGACAGAGAAAACGUGCAGAGAAGACGAGGAACGAAACAAGCUUUAUACUUCUCUUUCUCAUUUGCACUGAGUGCCUUGGCAGUACCUUGUCUGAACUGCGAUGUUAUUUACUAAAUAUUUAAUGUACAUUUGAAAGAAAUGUCACACAAACAAAGUUAACCCAAAUGACAGGUGAAUUUUCAGUCUAUGGUGUCAUUCUUAGUGUGGUGACUUUUUUUUAUAUUAAGAUUUUUCUUAUAUUCCGUAUGUUGUGGGAUUUUCAGACAUUCAGUUCAAUAUAGAGAAUAGAGUCAGCGCUAAUAUAUUGGAGAGAGAUACAAGAGGCAGCAAUCCCAAACAAGGACUCCCUCAAGUGACCUUGGGAUAAAUACAAAAAACAAUCAAAUAGAAGGAUGGGACUGCGCCAAUAGACGGAAAUGAAAAGUCCUUAUUAAAAUAUGGAAAUAAAGUCCAAAUGUAAUAAAAAACUUGGUAUUAUGUUCGUCUCUGUAGUUUUGUUCCUUCCUGGUAUAUGAAGGAGGGUGAUGAAUGAUGAGGUGGUGUGGAGUGAUCCAACGGGUAUCCAAAUGAAAAAGAAGAGGUAAUACUCACUUUUAGUAGAGCUUAAUCCAGCUCUGGUGUGGAUGGCUUGCAGCGGUAUUAUCCCCGCUUAUAGGAUAUAUGGUGAGCUUCCUCUUCAGUAUGAUGACCGGCAACCAGGUAGAAGAUGAAACGAAAAAGCAAUAAUAGUGCAAUAUGUCCCAAAAAGUAGAUAAAAGGUAUAAAAAUAUAAAAGAUACACUCACAUUUAAUAGAGCUUAUACUAGCUCUAGUGUAGUAGGCAUGCAACGGUAUGAUCCCCCGUAUCUGGGAUAUGCGGUGAGCGUUCGUUGGUACAGUUCUUUAGGGUGGUAGCAGGAGCUCAGGAAGAAGAUAAUAAAACAGCAAUAGUGCUCUCAGUAAAAUAAUGCUGAUUAAUAAAAUAAAAUAAAAUAUACUCACAGUAUAUAGGGCAGACUAACUGCUCUAUGGUAUAGGCGCGGGUGGUAUGAUCCCCACCUCAGGAUGUGUUGAAGUAUUGACGACAAUAAAUAAAAAAGCCAGGUAUUUUAAAAUAAAAAAUAAAAAUAAAUAAAAGAUAGUGGUACAAGAGAAUAAAGUGACCAAAAUCUAUUUAUUGACAAUAAUUUAAAAAAUAUAUUAGUAUAAUAUCCAUUAUAUUCAAUAUCCAAUAUGGAUAUUAUACUAAUAUAUUUUUUAAAUUAUUGUCAAUAAAUAGAUUUUGGUCACUUUAUUCUCUUGUACCACUAUCUUUUAUUUAUUUUUAUUUUUUAUUUUAAAAUACCUGGCUUUUUUAUUUAUUGUCGUCAAUACUCAAAUACAUCCUGAGGUGGGGAUCAUACCACCCGCGCCUAUACCAUAGAGCAGUUAGUCUGCCCUAUAUACUGUGAGUAUAUUUUAUUUUAUUUUAUUAAUCAGCAUUAUUUUACUGAGAGCACUAUUGCUGUUUUAUUAUCUUCUUCCUGAGCUCCUGCUACCACCCUAAAGAACUGUACCAACGAAUGCUCACCGCAUAUCCCAGAUACGGGGGAUCAUACCGUUGCACGCCUACUACACUAGAGCUAGUAUAAGCUCUAUUAAAUGUGAGUGUAUCUUUUAUAUUUUUUAUACCUUUUAUCUACUUUUUGGGACAUAUUGCACUAUUAUUGCUUUUUCGUUUCAUCUUCUACCUGGUUGCCGGUCAUCAUACUGAAGAGGAAGCUCACCAUAUAUCCUAUAAGCGGGGAUAAUACCGCUGCAAGCCAUCCACACCAGAGCUGGAUUAAGCUCUACUAAAAGUGAGUAUUACCUCUUCUUUUUCAUUUGGAUACCCGUUGGAUCACUCCACACCACCUCAUCAUUCAUCACCCUCCUUCAUAUACCAGGAAGGAACAAAACUACAGAGACGAACAUAAUACCAAGUUUUUUAUUACAUUUGGACUUUAUUUCCAUAUUUUAAUAAGGACUUUUCAUUUCCGUCUAUUGGCGCAGUCCCAUCCUUCUAUUUGAUUGUAUUCAGUUCAAUAUGGUUACAAGGCAAGGAUACACCUUUUAACAUGUGCAAAACAAAUAACACAUUAAUCACAUUAAUUACUGGCAUGGAGGUACAGAAAGGAUUUAAAAUAUUUAUUAUUUUUCUUUCUUUAUUGAGAGGUGAAGAAUAUCACAAUGAGAGAAUGCGUAAUACAAACGUCUAUGUAAUAUAAACAGAAUUGAAAACAGCUAGACAUACAACAGACGGUCCAGUAUGUAAAACAAUGCUGUUGAACCUUUUGAGGCUUUUUUUUCUUCCAUUGAACAUGUUUGUGUUAUGUCGAGUUUAAUCAGUCAAGUUCAGCCAUCUUUUAACUGUUUACAUAGAAAUGAACGAGUGAUUAAAGCUUGAAUAUUUAUGAAUGUCGUGUUUAGUGGAUUUCAUUCCCCUUAAAAAUAAUGUUGCUUAUUAUCUAACAAUGAAUAUAUUUGCUUUAGGCAAUGAUUGGAGUAGCUUUCUCGUUGGGAUUCACAGUAGGCCCCAUGGUCGGAGCUUACUUUGCAAUGAAUGCUGCUACAGGAGAGCUUUUUUAUGUCCGGCCGGCCAUUCUCGCCCUACUUCUUUCGGUUGCCGAUUUGAUAUUCAUCUUUUUGCUUCUUCCUGAGACCCUUCGCAAGGAGAACCGGGUAAAUUAUUCUCUUUAAACAUGAUUGUAACUAGGCCAGGCCGCUGUUCAGAUUUUCAGACACUCCGUAGAAAGUACUAGUGACAUAAAAUUGAUUGUGUGUCACUGAAACAAUUGGAUCUUUGUAUAUAUUACUGUGGUGACUUUUGUUAUACAUUUAGAACGUAGAAAAUUUUCUAUUAUUGGCUACCAGAACAUUAAAUUAUUAAAUAAGCUUCUUUGUGGCUCCCCAACACAGGGGAAACUGCUAGCAUUAUACAGAAAGUCCAAGUUUAUUUUAUACAAUAAGUAAAUAGGUGAGGGCACACUCCAAACAACACUUAUAAUUACCCUUAGUUGAAAGAUAUACUCCGUAUUUAAUUAAUUCCUGUAUAAAAUAUGUAAGAACAGGAAGAAAACACACAAAGGGUAAUAACGUAAAAAACCUUAAAAUUUAUAAGACAAAUAAGGUUUCACUCACAUGGUCAUGAGCCACUUAAAAUAAGCUGGCUCAGACUAAAAGCGUAGAAAAUAUCCGUUUGUGGUACUUCACACACCAGGCUGUUUCCCCUUUGUGGUCUCUAUUUAUAAUUAAAAUAUUCCAGGAUGCAUGGAAUAAAAUAAAACUUUAUUGGACACACUAUCAUAAGGGGUAAAAACAAAACACUGGGUAAAAUAAAUUAAAAGUCCACUAAAUAAAAACAAACUUAACGCGUUUCGGCUAGAGCCUUUAUCAAAAGUCUGUUUUCCUCAGUAUGCUUCAGUCUUUAAAUAUUCGUUUUGGCGCCCUUUUUUUGGCGCCUUUUUGCACGUUUUUGUGUCCUCCUUUGAUCUUCUUCCGGGUCUGGAUGGCAUCCUACACCUUAGUCCUUCACUUCCGGUUCGUGUUCUGACGCAACUUCCGGUUUCAGCGGCAUGACGGAACUUCCGGUGACAUCACUUCCGGUUUUCGAUCUUCCGGUUUCGGAAGAAAUUGCCAAUACUUGUAAUGUCUUUUUUUCAACAAAUUAUUGGCAAAAACAAACUCUUAACUCCAUUAAGAACACAUUUACAAUACUUUACAUAUAAAAUAAAAAGAAAAACUAUCUUUGUACUCAUCAUUUAUAGCGAUAUUAGACCAUUAAAAAUAUAAACCAUUAAUAUAAUUUUUAUAAUUUUUCUUCUUGAAGAGGGGGAGAGAAAAAGAUAUAUAAAUUAAUUUAUAUACAGGUACAAAUUAUUGGAAGAAAGAGAGAUAUUCAAAACUAUGAGAUCAACCCUAUAUAAUCGAGAAAGGAGUUAAAAAAUUCUCCUAUAUUUGAUAAAGGCUCUAGCCGAAACGCGUUAAGUUUGUUUUUAUUUAGUGGUUUGAUAAAGGCUCUAGCCGAAACGCGUUAAGUUUGUUUUUAUUUAGUGGACUUUUAAUUUAUUUUACCCAGUGUUUUUACCCCUUAUGAUAGUGUGUCCAAUAAAGUUUUAUUUUAUUCCAUGCAUCCUGGAAUAUUUUAAUUACAAAUAGAGACCACAAAGGGGAAACAGCCUGGUGUGUGAAGUACCACAAACGGAUAUUUUCUACGCUUUUAGUCUGAGCCAGCUUAUUUUAAGUGGCUCAUGACCAUGUGAGUGAAACCUUAUUUGUCUUAUACAUUUUAAGGUUUUUUACGUUAUUACCCUAUGUGUGUUUUUUUCCUGUUCUUACAUAUUUUAUACAGGAAUUAAUUAAAUACGGAGUAUAUCUUUCAACUAAGGGUAAUUAUAAGUGUUGUUUGGAGUGUGCCCUCACCUAUUUACUUAUUGUAUACUGUUUAUUUGUAUGUGUUUUGAGUGACACACAUAUGGUGAUAGGAGCACCUCUCUUUGUUCUGGAUAUUUUAUUAUUUUAGCCUUACACUUUUAUUCACUCAAGUUUAUUUUAUGUAUGUAUAAUGCUGAUAAACUUGUAUCAAUACACUGAACCCACAUACACCAAGUGUUGGGAGUGCAAAGUAAUAAAAUAGCAACAUUCUUGUAGCUUAAACGGGAGAGAAUAAUUUUGCAGCUGUAAUUCUCUCCCUAUUUUAAUAAAGUUUUAUAUUUUGAAGUAAAUUAACUAGACGAGUAUAUCAGCUGAUGACUGAACAGCAGAGAUCUCACUUGGUCUGGUUACAGAAGGAGGGUGUGUUGGGUAAUUCCUCUACCCACAUGUUGAAUGUUACACUAUGAGCUGAUCUCACAUCGAAAAAUUUAAAAGGGGAGAAUCCCUGUUUAAUUUCUCCACCCAUAAACCUUACCACUCCGUUUGGGUUUUGCUGAUUUCAUAAUUAAAUUACAAAGCCGUAAACUAUAUAAAUAUUAUAAGUUGCCACCUUCAAUAGAACUCCGGCGCGGCAUCCUGGGAGAAGUGAUAUGACGUCACAUAUUUCUAUUCUGGCUGCGGGAAUACAAAGUGAUCUGUCAGUCUGGUCUGGUACGGGGGACCUCUGUGUUCCUGAUUUUCAGUGUGAUCCAAUUGAGAGACUGGAUAGCAUUGCUUUACACUGUCCAGAUGGAGCCCUUUACCAGAUUAAUGCCUGACCCCUAUCUGUUGGCCCUGUCAGACUGUAUAUGUCUUUUUAUAUUUGUGCCUAUCUUUCUGUGUCACUUUCUGUAUGUCUGUAUUUCUCUAUAUUAACAUGUCUGUCUGUUGUUGUGUCUUUUGUACAUCUGUGUCUAUGUAUGUGUUUUGCUGUUUUUUCUAUACCUUUGAUUAUUUAUCUAAUUUUGAGCAAUAACGGUUAUUUUGGGGAUCUGUGUCUCCAGAAAUAGGGCACUUGAGAAAACUGGGGAUAUAGAUACAGGGGUCUGAUAUUAUGACUGUCUUUGGACAAAUGUUAUGUAUUUUGUUUUCUUAUGUAAACAUAAAUGUUUUCCAUAAAUAAAACGAUCCUAGGGGAAUGUAAUCCGUCUCCUAAAUACCACGUUUCUUAAGUGAGUCUCUUAUAAAAGAAGCAUUCCAUACACACAUAAUAAUGUUUAUAGAAAUGAUUCAUUGUAUGUUUCGUUCUCCUUCGCCCCCUUUCAUAGAUGAUGUUACUUGAUCAUAUCUUUAAAUCCAGCUGAGCCUGUCUAUUGUAUUGUGUUCAUUAAUCAGAAUACCGAGUACGUGUUAUGCACUGGGAAUUUGGGGGUGGGGGGGAAGCUCUUGCGUUUUUUGUAAAGACAUGUAGAAAGUCUGUGCCUGAUUUAUCUGCAUGUUAUAAUUGUUUUAGAAUGGUUUUGUGGGACACUCCCUGCAAAUGGAAUGUCAGUCAUGAGAUCAAUGUUGGGUUUGUGGAUCUAAAUAAUAACCCUCCCCCUACUCGUGUUUUCCACAGGUUAUUCUACUUCUGAUUUAAACGGGUUUAUAGAAAAACAUAAAAUGUAUCUUCUGCAUUACUGUAUACCACUGGAUGGAAGCUUAUUUAUGGUUAUUCACUACAGCAGAUAUUUACCAACAAUAUUGGAACGUAAGUGGGCUUCCAUGCAGCAGUGUCCCCAUUCAAUGUGCUGCAAGUUGGGGAGGUAUAUAUGUAUAAACCUACCAAAGGAGUUAUGAUGAGACUUCGCACAGGUUGACAAUCUUGCAAAAGUUAUUAAACGUUUAAUGCCUGACAAUUCUCCUUUAUAUAUCCUUCAUUAUUAUCAGGGGACAUGACACAGUAAUAUGGUCUAUUGAUAUGUUUUGUUUAAAUGUGUUGCGGUGGUCUCACCUUUCCAUGUUUUGGUCCAUUCUGUGUGCUCUCUUGUAGGUGUCGUCGGUGAUUGAGGGAAUUCAGGGAGCGUCGGACCUUGUCAGUCCCAUGGCCUUGUUUAACUUCUCCGCUGUCACAAGAAGAAAGGACUCUCCUUCUACUGAAAGUAUGUUUCGUCUUUGAUAGCAUUUGUGUAGUUGUUGUAUGAAAAAGGAAGAAAACUAUGUAACAAUUUGUAUUUAAGAUCCUCUUUUCUAUACAAACAUGUCUUAUUCAAAUUGGAAACCCUUCUGGUUGAAAGCAAUCCCUCCUGAUCAUCUGUGUAAUAUUGUAUACUACCAAGCUUCAAUGUAUGAUCUUUCUGUGGCUGGGUGGUAAUUACAAUAGUGAUUCAUCUAGUAUUCCCUAUGGAGACCAGGAAGUAACAGGAUCAGCCAUGGGGUGUAAUCAGUAUAAUUUAUAAAAGUGUCACUUUUUGCAAAAUGAGAAAAGAGGACACACUCUUCACACAUCAAACUUUUUCAGGAAGCUAAAGUGCUUCAGGGGUCUGGAGUGUCCCUUUAACAUUUGUUUGUUUUUAGUGCAAGACAAAAUGAAGUCUAUAAAGCCUCACUUACACUCUUCUUUGCACCAACUAGUUUCUCUACGGUCUUGAAAUCCCAGAAAUACUUUCAGGUUUCCACAAGCAGGCAACUUUUGGCCAAUUUUAGUUAUCUAAUUUAAAUGUUAUGCUUUUUGUUUUAACGACAAUUAGAUCUGCAUGGCUUUAGAUAUACAAUACAGAAGGAUAGCAGAUCAGAUGUGUGAUGUAUACAGCAUACUAAAUACAGACUCUACAGCAAUCUUAUACACACAAUAGAUAACACACUAAAUCUAAAAUACUCAUAUUUCUAAAUAUUGGUCUGAGCCUGAUUUGCAAUAAAUUUUGGCAUUUGUAUUCGGAUGUGUGAUUUGAAUCUAAAUCUGUACAUUACCCCUUGGAAGAAUAUCAUUCUUGUAUAAUACACAAUACAUUUUUUUUUUUUUUUUUUAAUUCUUAAUUUUUGUUGUGCAUAUUAUAGGUAACAACCAACAUGUCGCUCCGCUGCGGGGUUUGACCAGCAUAAAGCAUUAGCAUGGUUAGAACAGUUAUAACAGUAAUUCUCUUGCACAGUUUUUUUAAAUUGUUGAACGUGUGUGUUGUAGUGUAUCAAGGAUGGUUUGUAGAGGUGGCUGCGAGCGUGUAGUUUAGGACUGCGUGGUAUUAGAUCUAGAUCAGUGUUAGGGAUGUGUCGGUUCGGGCUGUUCAGUUUAGAGCUAUCCUGUGAUAGUGUGUAGUGUGGUUGUGGAGGGUGGGUGAACUGGCACCCCUUACCUAGAGGGUGGCGGGGGGAGAGCUGGCCGGUGUGGAGCUGAACACCUGCCAUGUAGUGCCCAUUUUCCAGGUGCUGUUAGUCGUGGGUUGGUGGAUCCUCCAUGGGGGACUCUCGUGUGUGUAGUAUAACAUAUAUUUAAACAUAUAUUUAAAUAUUACUAGUUAUGAUCAACUUGUAACAGUUUCUGGCAUUAUACUUUGCAAGUGGGAAUACAGUCUCUCAGGAGUUCAGGUCCCUGGGUGGGCGGCCGCACCGUCAGCCGGCACGAACGGGUCCACUCGGGAGGGCUUCCAGGUAUGAGUGUUCGCCCGUCUGUCGUCGGUCCUUUCGUGGGGCAGUAGACCCAGUGCUGUGAGGAGAGUCGGGGCUUCUGACAGCGAUGAGAGUUUGUGUACUGUCCCUUUGUGGUUUACUACUAGUAGCCUGGGGGAUAUCCAAUGGUAUUUAAUGCCUGCUGAUCUUAACUUGGUUGUGAGAGGUUGUAGGGAUCUCCACCACUGCAGGGUGGACCUUGUGAGGUCCUGGUAGAAGGUGAGGUAAGCGCCUUCGAAGAUGAGUGGCAUCUUGUGAGUGUCGCACUAUGGCGUCUUGUACUGCCGUCGCUGGGGCCCUGCUGGACUUAGGCAGGCGGUAGGUUCCUUCCAGAGUCACUUUUUUGGCCUGUGCGGCCGGCAAGAUGGUGUCCACCAGUCGCCUCACAUAGUGGGUGAGUUCUUCUGGGGUUACUGAAUCCGGUAUGCCCCUUAUGUUAAGAUGAUUUCUCCUUGAUCUGUCAUUCAGUGUGGCUAGAUGUAUGGAGAGUGAUUGUUGCAUGGUUUGUAGGUGGUGGAUGGUUUCUUGUGCAGUGUGCAUACCUUGUUUGAGGUCGGCAAUGUCACCCUCUGCUGUGUUCACUCUGUCAUUGACUAUCUGCAUAUCUGCCUUGAUGGCUGCCACGUUAGCUGCCACGUUAGCUGCCAGUAGGUUUUUGAUUUCUCCCACCAAGUUUUGGAAGUCCCUCUGAGUGACUGGAGUUGAUCCGUCCCCUGCUGCCAGUGUGGUGGGCCCUGUGUGAGGCUGGAAGGGCUGUGUAUGAGUCUCGGUCUGUGGGGGGUUCUCUGUUGUUCCCAGGCGGCGCCAUUUUAGGAGGUGGCUGCCGCUGGAGCAUAUGUUCAAUGUUCUGUGCCCCUGAUGGUGUGUGUGUGGGGGAGAUUUUUGGGAUCUGCGUCCCAUAUCGGCGGUUGUUGUAGCCUGCUGUGCCGGCCCCUGCUCUCCAGAUGUACCCGGUGUUGUGAAGGCGGCGAACAGAGCCGCCAAGCCCAGGCUUUGAGUAGCGUGGUAGGCCCCGGCCUUCCGCUUUUUCUUUGGCGCUUUGGCCGCUUGGAAAAACGGCAUAUGGUGUGUUGGGCUCGUGUCCUCGGUGCUUUCGGGUAAGUCGCUGUUUUGUGUGGGUAUUUUGGAAGUAUUUUUGGGGAUUUUUAUGCUCGUUUGCAUCGGAGCUGAUGCGACUUACGUUCGUUCAGGCGCAGGCUCCGCCCCCACACAAUACAUUUCUACUUGUAUUAUGGGUGUUACAAUCUUAAAAACCCGAGUACCUUCUUUAGGGGAGCUUUUGAAAGGAGAUUAUAUGCAGCAUAACCACUAAAGCUUUGUUUAAUGAUUAGGACGCCUGAACCCCAUUUUCUGUUAAAGCCAUUUUGGAGGACAGUGACAGAAAAUGGGUAACUUCCCAUUAUCCACAGGCAGGCCCCUCUGCAACUGCUCAGAUAAUGUGCAAAUGAAUCAUCACAUUAUCUUUCCAGAAUGGUCCUACCUUGGAUGGCAAUGAUGGGGUGUGAGUUCUGAUGAUAAGUUAGCACCCAAAACCUCAAAUCACCGUAACAGCUACAAUGCACUGUAGGGAUUAUGUUACUUAGAGUUUCUAUUUAAAUCUAUAACAAAGAUAAAAAAAAAAAAUCAAGUUGAAAUAAAACCAUCUUGACAUUAUAAAACAUGUGUCUAGUAUUUCCCUAUUUGACUCAGUAAAUGAAUCUAGCUUUUCUGUAAUAAUAUAGAAUGCAUUCACUAAACAAUGAAUGACCAGUGAAUUGAAAAACAAAUUACAUAAUCCAGGUAAAAAAAAAAAAAGCCAAACUGUAUCAGUAGUGGAAUUGGCGAAUUAUCCGACUCUGCUAUUUCAGCCUAAAACUUGCAAUUUGUUUUUCAAUCCACCACAAUUCAGUAGUUUGUGAAUAAAUGUGUGCUCUCUGUAGAAAUUGCAUUGCUGUUUAUGUCUGCCAGAGGGCGCCAGAAUCCUUAGACUUUCCCUGGGUGGAGAAAAAAAUGCAAUACGAAUUCUACACUCUCUCCAACAACCCUGACUUUUAUCUACAGGAAUACAAUGGGACAAUUAACUGUUUGUUAAAGGAAUGUUUGCAGCUUUUCAAGCUUGUAAUCUGUAAAAAAAAAAAAAAUAAAAAAAAAAAAUUUAAAUGUUAAAAUGUUGCUAAUUAAAAUGAGGGUUUCUUGUACGUACAGCUCCAUCCAGUCCGUUAUAUGUUUGGCGGCUCGACUAUUGACUGUAUCUUUAUUUGUAGAACUUCAGAACCUGCGAGUUCUGGGUCUGGUUUACUUCCUGUACCUUUUCCUGUUUUCUGGUCUGGAGUACACCAUAAGCUUCCUGACCCACCAGCGGUUCCAGUUUACCAGGUAAGGCCCGACUUGUUUAUACGUGCCAUCAACAGGAAUUUGUAGUUUGUGGGGUUUUUUUCUUUCAAUUAUUCUUAUUAUUUAUAUGGCGAUUAUCAUCAUGGAUUGAAUCUGACUCUCAAUCUGAUAAAUGACAUGAAUUCGUUGAUAAUCCAUUAGUGCCUUAUACAAUUUUUAACAGUGAUUCUGGCAAUAAAGUCGUUUCUAUUUUGCUUUAAGUGUAACUUUAAAGUUUUAUUUUUUUAUUUUUAAUGAAAUGUAAUUCUGGCGAGUUGUGUAUGACUUGGCUAUGCAAUAAAUACCUACUAUCACAAUACCCAGGUUAUCCUUCCUCUAAUGCACCUAGCUGCUAUUAAUAAAUUCACCAAUUAUUUCUGGUAUGUUCGAAGCGUUGAAGAUGUCUUGUAGCUGUUGUUUGACUGAUUGGAUUAGCACUUCUAAAUGGCAGGUACAGUUAUUUGCUGCUAAUUCUCAAACAAGUCUUUUAUGGAGAGCAGGCCUACUUAUCCUGAUAAGCAUGGCAGCACCCUAGCUUGUCACUCUGUCUGACACUAUCCCUGCUGACAGUCUGUGCGACACUGUGCUCUGAUACCGAGCUGUCACAGUCAGCUGUGCUAUUCCCAUUCAUAGCAGACUCCUGAAUCAAUAAAGGCUUCUUUUAGCCUCUUCAUGGUUUAGGAACUUUGCCUUCAAUCUUUGUUUUCCAUGGCAGCAUCUUUGGUGAGGAAAGAGUUUUUUUUCAUAGCUGCCCAGUUUUGUUAUCAUUUUUUUUUUUUUGUCUGAAUUUGACAAGCUUUCAGUUCUUUAUAACCAUAGCAUACAGCAUAGAAUUUGUUUCUGUAAUAUGCCGUCCUGCACUUUUACAUAGGGACUCCUGUACCAUUUUUCUUUCUCUCUGUGAAUGCAACAGCACUUAACGUGUGCACAGGUAAUACCGUAUUAUAAAACAAAUGCAGUUCUAGUUUACAAUCCGCAAGAGCACAGUAUAUGAUAGUUGGAUGAGUUUUAUAAAUAAUAAUAUUGUGCCAGAAGGCCAUAUGAUGAUAAAUGGGGUAUGCCCUUUAAUUUCCUUUUAAGGGAAGGAGAGGAAGGGGCAGAGGAGAUGAGAUUAGGGCUGUAUAAGCAAAGUGAUUUAAAAAUGACAGAGAAUUGACCAGUUAGAACGCGUGGAAAUAAUCUGUACACCAAAACAAACCCCAUUGGCUAAACGUGUUUUGGUGCUACUAGUGUCCAUUUUUAGUUUCAUCGUUUUUAAAUAAUAGUUAUUUGGCACAGCGGAUACAGUGGGUACUAAAAUGGAGUUGGGUUAAUGCUGUGCUGUGUUUGGGGCAAGUUGUGUUUAUACAUUUGCUCUGUUUGAUACAGAUUAAGGCAGGUGAAAUCCAUAUCUUUAUGUAAUGAAGCUGAAAUAUGAGUGAAAUGCUUACUGAAUUCCAAAUAUGGCUGACAUUUAUUCACACGAGUGUCCCAAGAUUUAUAAAUGUCCACACUAAUUUGGGACAAAUAAAAAAACAAAACAGUAAUUUAAUCACAUUUGAUGGACACUGAUAAAGUAAAGCAUUUUGACCGGCCAGUUCUGUACUUUACGUAUAUAUGAGAUGUUUUCUUAGGUGUAAUGUCAUCCGCAGUGUAAGCUGGGGGAAGGGUUCUGUAAAAGUUUUCUUGAGAAGUGAAUACAAAGUGCUUUAUUAAUAUUUAAAGGCCGGGCACCUUGACUUUAUUGAUUUCCUGUGUGUUCAAUGGCCAGCUCUCCUUACUUAUUAAUAUUACAAUAAAUGAGAUUUGCGCUGUUUCUGUUUUUAUUUUUUAUUUCAAUUGACUGUCAACUCUGUAGUUAAAAACUGAAAAUGAUUACUUUGCUGAGAAUAUUAUAAAUACUGUCAUUUGCACACCACCAUCUGGUGCUAGUUAACAUUUAGAUGGGAUCAGCCCAAAUCGAAGAGUAAACAGACCACUGACACUACAAUUCGCUAUGUAAAUGGUCCCAGCUGUGAAACCUGCCCGCAUCCUGACAUUUCUCGUUUCUGUUGGCAGCAUGCAGCAAGGAAAGAUGUUUUUCUUCAUCGGAAUAACGAUGGCGUUGAUCCAAGGGGGGUAUGCUCGAAGAAUCAAACCAGGAAAUGAAAUCAAAGCUGUGAAAAGGGUACUUAAAGCAUGUGUGUGUGAAUGGACAGCAUAGUGUAGGGUUCUAGUAAUAACAUAGUUACAUAGCUGAAAAGAGACUUGCGUCCAUCAAGUUCAGCCUUCCUCACAUAUGUUUUUGCUGUUGAUCCAAAAGAAGGCAAAAUACCUAGUCUGAAGCGCUUCCAAUUUUGCAACAAACUAGGAAAAAAAUUCAUUCUUGACCCCAAAAUAGCAGUCAGAUGGCUCCUUGGAUCAAGACCCCACCAAUUAGAAAUUAUAUCCCUGUAUGUUAUGUUUUUGCAAGUAUUUAUCCAAUUUCAAUUUAAACAUCUGUAUGGACUCUGACAAAACCAACUCUUCAGGUAGAGAAUUCCAUAUCCUUAUUGCUCUUACUAUAAAAAAAAAUUUCUUUGCCUUAGAUGAAAUCUCCUUUCUUCCAGCCUAAAUGUGUGACCUCAUGUCCUAUGUAUAGCCCUGUUUAUGAAUAGAUUUCCAGAUAAAGGUUUGCACUGGCCCCGAAUAUAUUUGUAUAAUGUUAUCAUAUCCCCUCUCAGGCGCAGUUUUUCCAAACUAAAGAGAUUUAAUUUUUUUUAACUUUUCUUCAUAACUAAAAUGCUCCAUUCCUUUUAUCAAUUUUGUAGCUCAUCUCUGCACUUUUUCUAGUGCCAUGAUAUCUUUCUUUAGAACAGGUGCCCAAAAUUGCACAGCAUAUCCAAGGUGUGGUCUUACCAUCGAUUUAUAAAGAGGCAAAAUUAUAUUUUCAUCUCAAGAAUUUAUGCCCCUAUUUAUACAUGACAAAACCUAACUGGCCUUAGCAACUGCAGAUUGAGAUUGCAUAUUACUGCCUAAUUUGUUGUCCAUAACAAUUCCCAAAUCCUUCUGGUGUGUGGUUAUCCCUAGUUCACUACCAUUUAGGGUGUAAGUUGCUUGUGCAUUCUUAACCCCCAAGUGCAUAACUUUGCAUUUCUCUACAUUAAAUUUCAUCUGCCAUUUUAGUGCCCAGUCCCUCAAUCUAUCCAAAUCCCUCUGCAGCAAGGCAAUAUCCUGCUCACAUUUUAUUACUUUACAAAGUGUUGUGUCAUCUGCAAACACUGAUACAUGGCUUUCAAUUCCCAUUUCAAGAUCAUUUAUAAAUAUGUUAAAUAGAAGCGGUCCCAAAACAGAACCCUGAGGGACACCACUUACCACUUUUGUCCAGCUUUAAAAUGUACCAUUAAUGACAACUCGUUGUACUCUAUGCUUAAGCCAAUGUUCUACCCUAGAACAAGAAUAUUCUUGGGUGUAGGGUUAUAGUAAUAACUACUCCAGGUGCAUGUGUAUGGUAAUAACUACACCGGGGGGUGUUUGGUUCUAGUAAUAACUACUCCCGGUGUAGGGUUCUAGUAAUAACUACUUCGGCUGUAUAGUAAUAACUACUCCGGGUGUAGGGUUCUAGUAAUAACCACUUCGGGUGUAGGGUUCUAGUCAUAACUACUCCGGGUGUAGGGUUAUAAUAACUACUUUGGGUGUAAGGUUAUAGUAAUAACUACUCCGGGUGUAGGGUUCUAGUAAUAACUACUCCGGGUGUAUGGUUAUAUUAACUACUUCGGGUGUAGGGCUAUAGUAAUAAAUACUCCGGGUGUAGGGUUCUAGUAAUAACCACUUCGGGUGUAGGGUUCUAGUAAUAACUACUCCGGGUGUAGGGCUAUAGUAAUAACUACUCCGGGUGUAGGUGUAUAGUAAUAACUACUUCGGCUGUAUAGUAAUAACUACUUUGUGUGUAGAGUUCAAGUAAUAACUACUUUGGACGUAGGGUUAUAGUAAUAACUACUCUAGAUGUAUAGUAACUCCUCCAGUUUAGGGUUUCUAGUACAAAGCUAUUGUAUUUAUUGUUUAUUCACAGAAUCGAAAGACAACUGGGAGUAUUGAAAGUACCACAUGUCAGUUUUAAAAAGAUACCUCAAAAAUAUUUAGCAAAUUUCUAGAAUGAUACAAAGUGCAGUACAUGCAUGGUGGUGGAUUUCCUGCUAGCUGAGCUAUUUGAGAGAGUUGUCUGAGCAAGUUGUAUAUUUAGAGGAUAGCUUGGAAUUGGCAUCUCUGAAUUAGUAACAGAUAUAUCUGAUAUUUAUUGCUAAUAUAACCUUGGUCUAGGUUUUGUUUUUAUGUGGCAUUCAAUGAAUUUUCGUACACACAUUAUACAUUGAUAUCUUCUGCAGGCCAUCAUUCUCCUGAUUCCAGCAUUCAUUCUGAUAGGAUGGUCAAACAACAUGGGCGUCCUGGCCGCUGGACUCAUACUUUACUCCCUCGGUAAGUUAGUCCUGUUGCAAUGGAGGUGAUAUGGACUUUCAGACAGAGGGAUUUAUGGGAAAUAGAGCAGAGUGUUGGACUAAUGAUUUAGAUAUCCAUUGCAGUCUGGUUUAGACACCCUUGUUCUGGAACGAAAGUGUAAUACAAAAAGAAACCACAGGAUUCAUUAAAAUAAUGUCUGUUAAUGAGAACUACUAAUCUGUGACUAACCAACUGCCCAUUAGCUACAAGUCCCACUUUGUUUCGUUGCUGAGGGUACUGAUGGUUUCAUUCCAAUAGUUUCUGGAUUUAUGCCAGCUUUGGCCCUAUCCCACCGUUCUGCUUUAUCAAAUGAAGGGUUGGAUCUGUCCAUUUUUGCUGAGCGUUUUCGUUUGUAUUAUCUCUGCCUGGAAGAACUUUUUUGUAAAUGCACGUUGACCUUCAGUAAUUAAUGUCUGCCUCCCUGAUUUCUGGGCCCCGCUAUUGUAGCAAUUGUUUUGCUGACAUAGUGACUAGUGUUUGGAACAGAGCCAUCUCACGCCCUGCUAGGCGAAUAUGAAACACAUGCUAAAAGCUGAAUUCUCCGUUCUGUAUUCUUGGUCUAUAUCACUUGAAAUCCUUUUGUUUAUUGUAUUCAGUUGUUCAAAUUGCGGAUGCUCAGAGUGCAUCAUCAGACCGAUGUAUCAGUUCGAACCCUUAUCAAAGUGGAAUUGUAACUCACUCUGUGGGGGUUAUGUAGGAGUAAUAUUGCUUUUAUCAACACUGGAAACUUUAUUCACUGAACAGCAUUGAAAACCUAUAUCUAAAUGUCAUGCUAAAUUAGCCAGUAGGUGCUUUAAUUUUGCCCAGGCUUUCAUUUCACUAGAAUUGGUUGUUUAAUGGAUAAACCCAUUUUUUGCAUUUCUGUUUUUAUAAAAGGGUCUAAACGUGGCUUACACCCAAGAACACUUGCAGCUUUUUAUUCUCAUUUUGCACCUUUCGUCCAGCGCAUACAGCACCAGUCACAGGAUGCUGGGAAUUGUAGUGCAAUGACGUAAGAAAGAAAUUCUGCACGUUGACCCUUAUUUUUUACCUAUUGUGCGACAAAUUAGAAUAUAGAUUUUUAUUUUAAUGCAGCCGGCUCCCUUAUUUUAGACUGCAAGGCAGAUACUUGCUGGCUUGAAAUGUGUCUUAGAAAAUCAGUUUGUCCUUAAUGGAUGCAGCACUACUGAGAUGGGACGCUUCCAUCAAAAGAUGUGACUUUUAGGAAUUAUUAUUUCACUGUAAACCUUAGAUCUUUGCUUUACACCUUUAUAAGUUACUGUGAAAUUGGGACAUGUUCAUUAAAUGACACGUAAGCCGUGGUUAAUAAUGAAAUUGUAGAUUUGGCUUUAUCGCAUCUGCCAGUAGAAUGGUUUCAUGUUUUGAAGAGUAACAUGUCAUGUAUUUUGUAUUCCAGCUGCAGCUAUUGUUGUGCCCUGUUUAUCCUCCGUGGUGUCAACCUACGGUAUGUAUAACAAAGAUACAUUGAGUCUCCAAUUGUGUUUUUAUUUCUUUAAAUCGUUUAGAUAUAAAACCAAAGUGUAAGUGCAUGGGUUUUAAGGAAGCUUCUGUGGUGUCUGAAACCUGUGAAUUAUACCCCUGUUUGUCCAUCAUAUGAGGACAUGUUGCUCACUGCCUAUAAUAAUGAUAAAUGAUAACUAUAAGGGAUGAUCACUUCAUGCUUUCUGCUGGUGCCACCUUCCAGCAGUUAUACAGUGUGCGCACCUACAAGCGAGGCUCUCCCUCUUUUCUUGUAACUUUCCUGUAUUUGUUUCACAUUAAUUGCUAUUUUUGGGUGGAGCGGUUGCAUUCAGUCGCUAGACUGACCAGUGUGGGACUCCCCUGACCUGGAAAAGAGGAUACUCUUUUGCCUUAGAUACCAACACCACAUCGCGGCAGCAUAGAGCUCUCUAUAGACCACCUUCAGCACCCCAGAUGUUGUGGAAUACACUACUUUCAGUGCUCGUAUGGCCAUAAUGCUGGCAAAGCAUCAGGGGCGAUGUAGUCCACAACAUCUGGAGUGCAAGGGUUACUCCAAGCAUCAGAAGCAAUACAGCCCGCUUUAGUGGUUAUGUAGUGAGAAGUACACUGGCCCCGUUCCACAUUAAUGGGGCAAACGUAUUAGAAACUACUUCUCUAACGGCCCUCUAACCUGGGACCCAACUGGCUUCUGCUCAUCCUACUGCUCAUUCAUUGGUUGAGAGAGUCAGCUGGGCAUGCUCAGCCAAUAAAUGACAUGCACAGAAUCUACAUUGGCCAGCACAGAACUCUCGUUCUUGGUUGGGUAAUGGCAAAGGGGCUUAACCCAGUAUGUGCCGCGUUUCAUAGCAAAACAUGCAUAUACAGACUCAAAGCAACAUGAACACUUCAAAUCCCUAAAGUGGUCAUGGUGCUUGCAGUAACCCUUUAACACUCUGUAUAGUUGGAUCUGAAUGUACAAAGUGUUAGAACUGCAAUAGGCCCUAAUCUCAGCAGUAAUGGGCUUUUGUCCUCUCCAUUUUGUUCAUAAUGCAGAAUUAAUGCAUAGAUCGGUACAGUUUAUUAUGCUGGCAUGACAUUAGAGUGGAAAAGAUAGUGCCCAGUGUUAUGAGUACUACAGGUGAUGCGGAGAAAACCAUGCAUCAAUGAAAGACAAUUAAAUAAUUUCUAUAUUGUUUAUAUGCAGAUGUGUGUAAUACAUUUUCAGUGAAUUGCAAUUCUCCAAUCUCUACAAUGACAAGGAAGGUCAUCAAAUAUGGCACACAUAUUAACACACUAUCAAUAUCAUGCCUUUAAGUGAUUAACAAAAAAAAAAAUCCUAUUAGCAUGCUGGAAUGUUAAGAGACUUUGUUUUCCUGCACCGUCCUCUACAUGUGACAUUGAAUACUGUAGGCACUAGAACAAAUUCAUCUUAUUGAAGUGGAUAUAGUUCCUUAAAGGAACACUAUAGCAUUAGGAAAACACACGUGUUCUGAACGCUAUAGUGAUCUGGUCACUAUUUAGGUUACACCCCCUCCUUUGUGAAGUGAAAAGGUACUCAACAUUUCUCCCUCGCCCCGAUCCUCUGAAGUGGUCUGGGUGCCUUUAGUGUCCCUUUAAGUAGGUGUCUUAGCCUCCAAUAGUUUAUAUUGUAGGCUUGGACGCAUUGGCUACAGUGUACACAAGUGGGGACCUAAAUCUAACUAUAGUAUUAGAAAUACAAAUUUGUAUUCCUAACCCUAUCAUGUCUUUUUAAGGUGUUCGAUUUAAAGUAAAUUAAAGAUGGCCUGUUUUUGCAGUACUUCUCUGGACCUGCUUGAUGUCUUUCCCUCCUAUGUUCAUGUCUUUAGUUUUUUUUACAUUUUCUUUUAUAGGGUCGGCUAGCCAGAAAGGGACCGUCAUGGGUAUUCUCCGAAGCCUGGGGGCUUUGGCUAGAGCUGUGGGACCUGUUUUAUCAGCAACAUGUGAGUACUGUCUAACUACAGGCUGAGCCUCCUUGCACCCACUUAACAGAAGCUCCAUUUUUAACAGCAGAAUGCUACUAUAGAGGACUUAUAUCUGUUAGAAUUUCUGGGCACCCACCAAAGAUAUUCAAAAUUGAUGGAAAAAGUGAAAAAAAAAUGCACUUUCUCACCCUUGCUUUAAAAAAUAAUAAUAAGAGAAUUCUCAAACAUGAAAUGUCCUGCAUGCACACUAUCCUUACCUAAGCACCCCUUUAAAUAAAUAGCCCUCCCCAUUAUAACUGAACCUAAAAGUGAAACUUUGUGCUGCCUGGGUCCAAGGAUGAAAUGCUAUGGACGAGCCACCAUGCUUGAGUCUUACAUAAUAACUUAGGUUCUGAAUCGAAGGAACAAGAAUGUGCGAAAUGUUUAUGUAUGUACAUGUAAUUUGUAAUGGGCUCUAGAGAUGAGUUUUUAGUCCAAGGAACUAGGACCACCCUACGCAGAGAUACUGCAGUUUCUGUAAAUAUCUGUAUAACCAAAAUUUGUUGUGCGCCUUGGCAUAAAGAUGGCUGCCACGGUUCAACCAAGUUAAAUUAAAAAAAAAAAUUUUUUUAAUUUUUAAUUUUUUUACAAAAUUGGGUUUUGCAAUACCAAUACAUGAAGGUAAUCAUUUAAUUAAAAAAAAAAAAAGGAAAAUUAAAAAAGGUCAAGCAAUUUAUGCUGGACCACUUAUGAUGGCUUAAUCAAUAUGCUCUAAUGUGAACUUUUCAUCUAUCCCUUUUAAAGGGACACUGAGCACCAAACCAACUUUAGCUUAAUGGUGUAUGCCCCUGCAGUCCUACUACUUAAUUCUAUGCCUUUUAGGGGUUAAAUCAAUUUGUUUGUGUAGCCCCUGUCACAACCUCCCUCUCCACUUCCUGAACAAGAGGUUUUAUGUAAAAAAAUAAAUUAAAACAAUGUGAAUUUUAUUUUUAAGUCUCCUGCUCUGUGAAUUGCCUGCUGGAGCCUCCAGCAGCCUCCUGUGUGUAAUCAAAGUUCAAUAAACAGAGUAGAGGAUAGGAACUUCUAAAGUAAACACAAUGUACUGUACAAAUUAAAACCUUUUUCAUUUUGUGGGGGCUGUAUGAGUCACAGCCAGGGGUAUAUGUGACUACGUCUUCAUAAACAAUGUGAUUUCAUUGCUAGUAGGCAUAUUAAGGAGCAGUAAGGCUGCAGUGGAAUGAUCUAUAUGUGGAAACUGCUUAAUUUUAAUAAAUAGAUUAAAGCUAAAGAUGUUUUGGUGCUUAGAGUAUAUGUUUAAUACGAGCAUGUACUGCAUGAGAUUACGUUUUUAUGAGUACUACAUUGCGGGAUUCCCUGUCAGUUUGUUUUCUUGUCAUUUGACUGGAACACAAACUGCGAAGGGUUUACAAAGCUGGCUGCAAAUAUCCAGCAAUAUAGCUCAAUCUCUGAAUCCUUGACCAUUAGUGGCUGUUAAGAAUUGAUCUAUUGGGUGCUGGGCUUCUGUUUACCGUUUACAGACAUGGCCUGGUGAUGGCUGCUUGACUUGCAUGGUCACUGUAAAAUAAUCCUGAUACUCAAUCCUUAUGUUACACAUAAAUAAACCUUUUCCUUUGUUAAAUCUAGCCAAUUUGUUUUACUUAUGACAAUUCAGCUGGAAGUAAGAAAUAAACUCCUGUAUGUCACAGGGUUCUCACUAGCGAGAUUAAAUCAGCAGUUGAUAGUGGCUGGGCACAUUACCUGGGUCAGUUUCUGGGUGGAGCUGUUUUACGGAAGGGGAGGACAUACAGUGUUAGCAGUUACAGUGAAUGGAACAUAGUGCAUUAUUUUCCCAGCUACUCAGAGCUCACAGGUCCGAUCUCAUUGCCAGGUGCUCACAGCCUGAUAAGUCUCCUAUAUAACACAUUCUCCCUUCUCUCUUGCAGUGUACUGGCUCAUCGGGGCCGAACUUUGCUUCAGCAUUUGUGCAGUAUGUUUCCUGAUUCCAGUUUUCUGUCUUCGACGAGUGAAAGUACAACUUAAACAGGACACAAAAUAACGAAUAACAGAAGAGACUGUUACAACUGGCAAACGAUGUGUGACGCUAAAAGGAUCGGACGUGCAUCUUGCUGGAAUUAUGGGGAAGAUGUUCUCUGUGGGUGUUAAAUGGUUUUUAAUGAAGGACAAUUUUUCUCUUUUAAUAUUGCUCACCCAUCCAUCCACAGUAACAUUUUGUGAUGUGUUUUCUCAUAGUGAUUUUAGCCCUAGCUGGUGCUAUUUGGGUAACUCAGUAUUAUGAGUAUUAUCGUGCUUAACAUUAUGAGAAACAUCGCUCCAGCCGCUCUAAUCUCAACCCUCUAAACCACGGUUCUCCAGACUCUGGCCCUCCAGAUGUUUCUGAACUACAACUCGUAUGAUUAUCUGGCUAUCUCAUUUAAAGAAUAGUGGGAGUUGUACUUCAGCAACAUCUGAAGGGCCAGAGUUCACUGUAUUUGUAAAAAGGUUCAGUAGCUGUAUUGGAGAAAACUGAAAACAGCUGAUUUGGAGAAUUCUUCCAAUUUGAUUAUUAUGGACUAAAAUGUUAAAUUUUUUUAAAUUCCUGAUGAAUUCCUGAUAAAAUAUAACUUAAGUGAAUACCCCCUGUUAUAGUAACCGUGAGUAGGGGGUAGGGGAAUCAUCAACCCAAUAUUCCACAAACCUGCCAUUUGUGACCAAAAUCUUGAACAUUUGAUUUACUGCAUAAAACCCAAUAUCACCGUAACCCCUUAAGGACCAAACUUCUGGAACAAAAGGGAAUCAUGACAUGUCACACAUGUCAUGUGUCCUUAAGGGGUAAAUAUUGAAAAUGGAGGUGCAUAGAGCACUCCUUUCUUGGCUGAUACAUGUGUGACUUCAUAAAAUAUGUUUGUUCCUCAAUUACAUUUUUACUGUUACCCUGAUUGACAAUUCCUGCCCUAGGAGCUUAUUUGAUGUUCUAGCGUAUUAUACCAUACUAGUUAUUGAACACUAAUUGUAAAUGGUCGGUUUCUAACUUAAAGCUGACAAAGCACCAUAAAGACUGUAGUUGUGCAGAAGCUGCCCAUAUCACAUUGCGGAGGCGUUUUAGCAAAAAGAAUUGAGAGGAAAUUGCGACUCACAAACCACUGGCCAAAGAACCAUCUAUUUUGUAAAUUGACAGCUAUAAGUUAAAUACAGGUACAAGGGCAGAUUUCUUGAAAUGUGUAAAAAUAAAAACCAGAAUGAUUGCCCGAUAAUAAAUCUCCUGGGAUAUCAUAAAUCAAUUCAGUAAUUAUCCCUUAGCUUUGUUGUAAAGAUACCAUAUCAAGGAAGGCUAAUGAUGUGGCUAGACCAUAAGUACAGCAGGAUAUUACCGUGUAAUAAAGAUAUGAGACGUAGCGAGAAAAGUGCAAUAGAAAUGGUUAGAAAAAACAUAGUGACUUUCAGGAUGAACAGCUCAAUACAUUACCAGUCUCAUACUAUACACUUGGGAUUGUGUAUUAAGAUUUUUUUAAUUAUUCUGCUCCCUGCCAACUAUACCUUAUUGUGAGUCAGCGUGACUUCCUAUUUAAAUAUAGCACAUUAUGUGAACUGCACUUGAAAACAACUUACACAGAUCAAUGACAUUCCAGGAAAUGCAAUAUAUUAUUUUACUAGGUGUGUGUGUGUAUAUCAUUUUGAUAUAUUUUUUUAUUUUUUUUACAAUGUUUAUAAGGUUAGGCUAUGGAACUGUUGUAUGAUUUUAGCUCUGGCUUUACGAUACAUAAUUUGGUGUAGCUUGCUUUGGGCUUGUGUAACCAGGCAACGAGAGUGGCCUGACCCUUACAAUAAGAUAAGGGCAACUACCAAUCUCUCUGCAAUUCGCUGGUAUGGCACAGUGUGUCUUCCAAAUGGUGGCAUUUAUGAUAUGAAUAAAAGGUUUUGUUUUUAUAGCAUUGGCGAACAGAUUUGUUUCAGCUUCCUUCAGAGUACCAAAGAUUCCAUGUUUUAGCUUUAUUUCUAUUACAGACAUAUAUAUUUAAUAUUGUUCUAUAGAGAAGGAGGAAAAUAUACCCUUUGUAAUAAUAAUGGUGUUUAUGGUGCCUUCUGAGAUAGACCUCUCUUUAGCUUUGAACAAUGAUGGUUAAGGGUUGGGGUAUUUCAUUGAUGUGAAUAAUACUUUUGUUAUGUUUGUUCCAAUUUUGUUUACAGCAUCACUAAUCCUAGUCACGUUUCUAAAAUACUUAAUUUAAAAAUAGAAUAGAACAUUUUUAUGCAGUGACAGGAUUUGUUGUUUUGUUUUUUAAGGUUAUAUUUAAAGUAACAAAUUCAAACAUUGAGUUUAAACUGUGGCAUCCCAGAUAUUUGGGGAAAGGCCUCGAUGAUUCUCAGUGAUGCUGUUUUGCAAUCGUCACGGGAACUGUAGUUUCAAUUUGUUUUAGAUUCCAAAUCUAAAACUCUCACCCAAAGUAUUGUAGAAAUGCUUUUAGAUUAAACUUUCAAUUUCAGUUAUCUAUGCAGACUGCUUGGAAUUCAUACUCUUUCCCUCUACUCCUUCAUAUUGUAUCAGCUGGUAGUUCACUUAUCAUUAAAGUGGCUCUGUCACCUCAAACUUACCUUUACCAUACCUUAUUACAUUCCUUUAAUCUUUCAGAAUCUGUUCUUUUUUUCAUCUAUUUCUCUUUAAAGAAAUAUACAUAAGACAAAGUAGUCCCUACUGUUUGUCUUUUUUUUCCCCAAGAGAAAUCAAGCGGAAAAGAAGAACAGAUUCUGAAAGAGGAGGCGAGAAGGAAACAAUAUGGGAAAGGUACAUUUAAGGUGACAGAGUAACAAGGGAUUAUGUAGCAAUACACUAUUUCCUUAAUACCUUUUAUAGAAGAGCUCUACACAAUAAAAGCCAUUGAAAGGAUACUGUAGGCUGUCAUUGAUACAUGCCAUAAUACAGUAGUCUAUAAAUCAAUUUAGAUAAGAUACAUAAGCGCGUGUUUUUACUGCAAAUUCUAAACUUUCCAACUUCUGCAGGGAGCUCUGCCCAGAUGAGGAAGUGACUCUACCACUCAUAGUACUUGUUUAUUUAUCUAUAGUACACAUCUGAGCUUGUCCCAUAAACAGUGCAUUUAACAGUGUAAAAAAUAAUUAAUAGCUAAAAUACAACUCCCAGAAGUCUCAUCAUACUGAGAUGAAGCAGAUCAUUUUAAUGUCUCUGAUAACUUUACUUUCUGUAUGUGCACUGUCUAGUAACUGGUGUUUGACCUUUAGAUAAGUGUUUUGUUAUGUGCUGUAUCCUGUUGAAAGAGCACAAGGUCUGCUUCCCCACCCAGUAAUUAAAUAAGCAAUGUGUUUUACUCUAAUAUAUUUUAGAAGCAUAUUUGGGCUGAGAGUCUCUAAGUGAACAUUUGGAAGGCCGCCGGUUUAAAAUUGAAAAUAUUCUGUACAGUUUCCAUUACCUGAUCACUGAAGUGUUCUCAGCAACUAACAAUGAUUGUUAUUGAAAAAAAUAGCUUGCCAUGCCAUACUAUAAAAAACACAAAAGGUGACGCACCAGCUAAGUCAGAUAAUUAGUAACCUUUUUGUUACAGCCGCUUUACAGAGUAUGGUGGCAUUUUAAACCCCUACCCCUUCUUUUCAGGCUGCCCCUGUCAUCAUAGCACUGUAAUCGAAUGCCAGGUACUACAUGGUAUAGGUGGUGACAUGUGGACCUGUAACUGGCUAUAUUGCUGGGUGACUCAAGACAUUCUGCAGUAGCUGUAGAGAGCCAGCCUGACGUAGAAGCACUGUGACAACCCAUGCACUGUAUCGGCCGCGAUCAGUGUUUACUGGGCUAUUGCUGGCUUGAUUAUAAUGCUGUCUGUGAAGACAUAGACAUGCUAUUACCAUGAUCACACACCCUGGGGUCCAGUCCACUAAACAGUGUAUUGUUAGGGUUAGAUAACGUUAGAAAUAAACAUAGUUUAUUUGGAAAUCAAAAGUCAAAAUGUGUGCUGCAGGUCAUGGCACCGGGCGCUAGGGUGUACUUACAUAGCUACAGACUUGUGCCUGAUGCCAUCAACCUCAGCCCGCAAAGAUCAGAGAGUCCACCCCUCAUUUGCUGGCAGCGCACGGAGGAGGGGAGAGAGAGAGUGUGUGUAUGUAUAUAUAUAUAUAUUUCUGUCCUGAUGAAAGCUCCAAACGGGAGCAUUGGGAACCUGAUGUGCAUCAGUGGCAAGCACUAUGCACUUCCAAUGCUUCUCGUACUUAAAUAUGGCAAUGUAGCAGAGGCACCUCUAGUGACGGUCAGUGUGACAGCUACUAGAGGCUUGUUUAACCCUUCAGGGUAAGGCAAUGUUUUAUCCUGUGGGGUUAAACCUACAGGACCCCUGUGUAGCAAAUGGGGUGGCAAAAAUCCUUGCACCGGCCCGGAUUGUCAGCAGAUCAUAUUUUGUAAGAUGUAGGUUUAAUAAUGGAAUUCCCACUUUGCAAUUUUUGUCCUAUAAAUUCCACAAAUUAAUAGAAAUCCUAGACAACAUUUUAAGAGAUCGGGACUAUUUUGAGCUAUUUUAAUUGCACUAGUUGUAUAGAAGUUAUUGUAAGCAAAACUAUGAAAAUGGUGGUGGAACAAACAUAUAGUAAAAGUAUGGGGGGGAAGCUUUGGUUAUGAAUGGGUUUAAUCUCAAAAGUCUUUUACGAAGGCAUUAAUAUGCUGCUUAGCAAUUUUUCAUUUAAUAUGUUAACAAAGGAGUUAUGAAAAACGGCCAGUCACAGAUGUAGGCUAUAUACUUUUCAGUAUUAACAUUUCAAGUAUAUAAAAAGUUUUAAUACUUUGGGGUUUAUUGUUCUUUUGAUGUAUUUUUUGUAAGGUGUAACAAAUUUUAGUACAAUCUCUCUAUUUUCUCAAGUGCUUUUUGUACCAAUAAAUCAUCAUCUUUUUUUUUUUUUUUAAA